AUGGCGUCCAGACGAUUCGAUCCGAAAGGCAAAGAAUCAUAUUCAGCCGUCAAAUAUGUGCAGGUCGAAGGACUGGCAUUGAUGAAAAUUGCGAAACACUGCCAUGAAGAGUGUGCCAGUGACGUGAUCAUCGCUCAAGGAGCACUUUUGGGUCUGGUCGUCGAAGACCGUCUCGAGAUCACCAAUUGUUUUGCCUUCCCAAAAAGCGUUGAUGAAUCUAUCAAUGAUGAAAAAUAUCAAUUGGAUAUGAUGAAAAGUCUUCGUCAAGUUAAUGUUGAUCAUUAUCACGUUGGAUGGUAUCAAAGUUCUGACGUUGGAAAUUUUUUGAGUUUGCCAUUGUUGGAAUCACAAUUUCACUACCAGACUAGCAUAGAAGAGUCUGUCGUUUUAAUUUUCGAUGCUCCCAAAACCAAUCGUGGAUUUUUGUCUUUAAGUGCUUACCGUCUUACACCUCAGGCUUUAACUAUGUUUAAAGAAAAUGAUUUUCUGCCAGAUACAUUGAAAUCAUUAAAAGUUGGUUAUGAUCAUUUAUUAGUGAAAGUUCCAGUUGUUAUAAAAAACUCAACAUUGACUAACAUUCUUCUCUCAGAAUUAAGUUUUAAAAUUAAGGUUGAAGAAGGCUCUGAACAUUUGGAUAUUGGCACUGCUACUGUUUUGGAAGGGCAAUUACGUCAUUUAAUGGACAGAGUAGAUGAUCUAAAUCAAGAAGCCAUCAAAUUCAAUCGUUACCAACAAGCAGUUGUUCGUCAAGCUACGGAUAAACACCGUUACUUACAGAAACGAGCUAUAGAAAAUCAAGCACGAGCAGCGAAAGAAGAGCCACCAUUACCUGAAGAAGACAUUACUAAGAUAUUUAGAGCAUUACCAGUACCUCCUAGAUUACCACCCAUGUUAAUGGCUACUCAAGUUGAUUCAUAUGCUGAAGAAAUAGCUAAAUUUUCUACUCAGUCUUUGGCUAAAUUGUAUAUGACCAAAGCUAUGAACACAAACAACUGA